CCGGCGUUGGUGCCCCAUUCGCACACCCAGAAGAUAGCUUCGGCUUUUCAGGUCUUCAAUGGCAUAAGCCCCUUCGUCAAAUUCUCCCACUUUACGGCGAAUCAAGCCAUUCAAGAAGCUUUCGAGGGGCAGGAGAGGGUUCACAUUAUAGAUCUGGACAUCAUGCAGGGGCUUCAAUGGCCGGGUCUGUUCCACAUUCUGGCGUCUCGGCCCGGCGGGCCACCGUACGUCCGCCUCACCGGACUUGGGACGUCUCAGGAGGUUCUUGAGGCCACCGGAAAACGCCUCACAGAAUUCGCCGAGAAGCUUGGUCUUCCCUUUGAUUUCUUUCCGGUGGCUGAAAAAAUUGGUAAUCUGGACUUGGAGAAGCUCAAUGUUAGCAAAAGGGAAGCCGUCGCCGUCCAUUGGAUGCAGCAUUCUCUUUAUGAAGUCACUGGGUCUGAUUCCAACACGCUAUGGCUUUUGCAGAGAUUGGCCCCAAAAGUGGUGACGGUGGUGGAACAAGACCUGAGCCAUACAGGCUCCUUCUUGGGCAGAUUCGUGGAGGCCAUCCACUACUACUCGGCCCUGUUCGACUCACUGGGCGUGAGCUACGGCGAGGAGAGCGAGGAGAGGCAUUUGGUGGAGCAGCAGCUGCUGUCAAGGGAGAUCCGGAACGUGCUGGCCGUCGGCGGGCCGUCGAGGAGCGGCGAGGUGAAGUUCCAGAACUGGAGAGAGAAGCUGCAGCAAUCUGGGUUCAAGGGCAUCUCUCUCGCCGGAAACGCCGCAACUCAGGCGACCCUCCUCCUUGGAAUGUUCCCCUCCGACGGGUACACUCUUGUUGAAGAUAAUGGGACUCUGAAACUCGGGUGGAAGGAUCUGUGCUUGCUCACGGCCUCUGCUUGGAAGCCGCCGUUUCAUCAUGCAGCCACCAACCAUAUUCCCCGGUACUGAGGUUUCUUCUUUUUCUCUAUGAUAUCACUGUUGUCGUUUGAUAAUAUCAUCAUCAUUAUCAUCUUCUUCUUAUUCUUCUUUUUUAUUAUCUUAUUUUUAAUCUGCUUUCCCCAACCAACAUAAUGUCAAUCUUUUGAUAGUCUCCCAUGUUACAACCUUUUCCCAAUUUCCAAUGUAUACGAAAUCAUCUUCCCUUUUCUUUCUUUGAAUAAUUACCACGAUUAAGUUGUUUAAA